UCUAAACAGUUCAAUCCUCGCCUCUAGCUUCUUCAUCUCGCUAGUCGUCUAUUUCCGUCUGCAGAUUCCGAUUAUUUGAAAUAAAUAUCGGAUUGGCAGAAAGUAAAGUGAAAGUAUAACCUUUUACCGUUUUCUCCGAGAGACUGAGCUUGAACUUGAGCUAUUUUAUUCUCCAUAUGCUGCAUUUAUUUCUUGAAGCAAGAUGAUACUAAGGUUACUGCUGCUAGUCAGCCUCGCUGGGCUGGCAUUAUCUCAGGACUGUGGUUCUGGUUGGAUGAAAUAUCAGGACACCUGCUUUUUAUUGGUGUCCCAGCUACGUCCAUUCCAACUAGCAAGGGAUUACUGCCAGAAUAACCAAGCACAACUUGCCGUCCUAACAUCAAGGGAUAUGAAUACAUGGUUGGGGCAGCAGACGGGAAUUUAUUCUGAAGACUUUUGGAUCGGUUUACAUGAUAUUCAAUCUGAUAAUAGCUUUGAAUGGGUUGAUGGUACAGCCUUAGAUCCAUCCCUGGCAAACUGGGCACCAAACGAACCAAACAACAUUGAUGGAAUUGGAGAGGACUGUGUAGAAAUGCGAAAUAAUGGGCAAUGGAAUGAUGAGCAAUGUUUGGCUCCUAACUGGUUUAUAUGCUCCAGAUCACUUAAUGUUGUUCCUAAAUGUGACUCGGUGAACGGCUGGGAGUCGUACAACGGGAAGUGCUAUAGAUGGGUGUCUGAUACAAAGAACAUCGAUGACGCCAUCACUUAUUGUACCCUGCUCGAUGGUUACGUAAUCUCUAUCAACGAUGCCGCUGAGCAGUCUUUUGCGAACUCCAUCCAGGCAUCCAAGGCGAACAUCCCAUACUGGACAGGUCUCAGCGAUAGGAACCAAGGCCAGGGAAACUAUAUGUGGCAAGAUGGAACCGAUACAACUACGUACUCUAACUGGAAUACUGCUUUGGGAGAACCAAACAAUUCGUUUUCCCCCAAUGGCUGUGCACAAGUCGAACGAUACGAUAACAAUGGCUUGUGGAGCGUCGAUAGUUGUAGUGAAAAGAAGAGGUUCAUUUGCGAAAGACCGGAAGGUAUAUGUGCUCCUGGAUGGGUUCUACAUGGUGGUCAGUGUUACCAGUUUAACUCACUACUCAGGACAUGGUUUGAUGCGAAGUAUUAUUGCGAUGCCCAGGGAGGUUUUAUCGCAUCUAUUUUAAGCGAUCCUGAAAACAGCUUUAUUGCCAGUAACAUGGGAACAAUCAACGCUGAAAAUGUAGAUAAUAUGUGGUUUGGAUAUUCAGAUUCUAUCGCUGAUGGUACAUGGACGUGGGCACAUGAGACCACUUCCACCUACAUCAACUGGGCACCUGGUCUUCCUACCAACACUUACGCUCAAACAGACUGUGCAUACAUGGCAACCAAUGAUGUUGCUGGUAAAUGGUAUCAAAACAACUGCCAGCUCCUCGGAGGUUUUGUCUGCAAAAUUAAAGCAGGAAGUGUCGUGACACCAGUUCAACCAGACCAAGGAGUUGGAUCUUGUGAGUCUGGAUGGGACCUGUAUGGAGAUAGUUGUUACUAUUUCCCAACCUUGAUCGUCACCCAGCCCGAAGCUCAGGCGCAGUGUCAAGGUUAUUUCCCAUCAGCUAAUCUCGUCAGCAUUCACUCGAACGGAGAACAGUCAUUCCUUACAGAAAGAGUCAACUAUAUCGGCGAGAGUAUGUGGACUGGUCUUCAUGAUAGGGGGACAGAAAGCGGCUGGGAAUAUGAGGAUGGCACACCGUAUGAUUACCGUAACUGGGGUCCCGGAGAACCUAACAACUCUGGCAACGAGGACUGUGUUCAUAUGGAAUCAUAUUUCUACAAGGUGGGAACAUGGAAUGAUCAUAAAUGUGACAGGGUCUACCGCUUCGUCUGCAAAAUGCCUAAAUAUCCCGGAGGAGCGUACACAACAGCCAUGCCGACCACCUUUCCACCAAGCGAUCGCUGUGGAAACGGUUGGAUUUACGAUAUGUCAUCGGGUAACUGUUAUAAGUAUGAGAUGGAGUAUCGUAGCUGGCAGGACUCGGAUAGCCAAUGCCAUUACGAAGGAGGUCGACUGACCAGCCUUACCAAUAACCUGGAAACCGAGUUCGUUCAACGAUUCGCUCAAUACUAUUACAACAAUGGUAUCAACUCUUUCUGGGUUGGUCUGCAUGCUACGAACCUUAACUUUGGUUUUCAGUGGUCCGAUGGAGCUCCAUUUGCUUACCUGAAUUGGCAGAGCGGUGAACCAAACAAUCUAGGUGGUGAGGACUGUGUAGAGAUGUAUGCAAACUCAGGAUUAUGGAACGACCUUGCUUGCAGUAAUGCUCGACUUGGUAUCUGCAAGAGAAAUGAAUACGUGAACCGUUACUUCAUGGCGUACACAAACGCUCGCCUUGACACGACUAACGAUGUCCCGAUCGACAACGUCUGGCCCGAAGAUUGUGCUUUCCUUUGUGUCACGGCAACAUUUACCUGCCGAUCAUUCAACUACUACCGCAGUGGCAGGCAAUGUGUUCUCCUCUCCACCGACAAGGACACUGCUGGCAACGUGGGGCUCGUACCCGAGUUCGAAGACCCAUGGGACCACUACCAAAGAGAUUUUAGUGCACCAACUGAUGCUCCAGCCACGACCAUGGAUCCUAGCUUCGGAUGCAGUGCAAACGAGAUGAGUUAUAGAGGCUCCUGUUAUUCUAUCGUCACCGACAUGUAUUCAUUUACCAACAUGCAAGAUCUUUGUGAGCUAAGGUCCUCCAAGCUUGCCUCGAUCUCUGAUAUGAGUGAAAAUAACUUCGUUUACAGCCUCAUGCAAACCGGUAACGAAGGUAAUAAGACCAUCAUUGGUGCAUGGUUAGGGCUGACUGACAAGGACCGAGAACAGAACUAUGCAUGGACUGACGGUAGUCCAGUUACUUUCACUCAAUGGGCUCUUGGCGAACCCAACAAUGAUCUCUUCAACGAUGACUGUGUCUACUUUGAUGCACAGUUCAGUGCAUGGAGGGAUGUUGCCUGUACUGGUUUCUCAAUGUAUGGUGCUUGCAAACGACCUAAAUCAAAUCAAAAUGUUGUACAGCCUCCAAACGACGGAUGCCCAACGGGCUGGGUGAAGUAUAUGUCGACUUGUUACUUGAUGGUAAUAGACGUGAAACUGUCAUGGGCUGAUGCUAGGGAUAGCUGUUUGGCGCAACAGGGAAAAUUAGCUACCCUCAAUGACAGGUAUGACCAAGCAUUUCUCUCCUCCAAGCUUGGUGAAUACAGAACUGAUUAUACCGGCAGUGAUGACUUCUGGAUCGGUUUGAGUGACACGGACGUACCAGGAACAUACAAAUGGGUUGAUGGUUCAUAUCCAACAUUUUCCGCCUGGGGUCCAGGGCAACCAGAUGAUAGUUUUGGCAAGUGUGUGGCAAUGAUUGGCGGUUACAAUCAAAACUCUGCUGGAUUGUGGAUGGAUGAGCCAUGUCCAAACACACUCAGUUACAUCUGUGAGCAACCCAUACUCGGUGCCACCGAGAGACCAUACACCCAAGCCCCCGUAACCUCACCGUCCAACGACGGCUGCGAAGUCGGCGCCAUCGGAUAUGGCAACAAUUGCUUCAUGGUCUAUGAGAAGCCUGUAGAGGAACAGCUUGCAUUCACAGACGCUAGGGCACAGUGUCAAGCCAUGGGCGGAGAUAUGGCGAGCUUCCAGAGUUCUGCAGAAGAACAAUACAUUGUCUCAAGUUUUACUCCACAGGAUCAAGAUAAUUUCUAUGGAUUCUUGAUAGGUUUGAACGAUAUCAACCAGGAAGGAGCUUGGCAGUGGAGCGAUGGGUCAGCAGUUAUCUACGUCAACUGGGAGACUGGAGAACCAAACGACGAAUCAGGAAGCGAAGAAUGUGCAGAGAUGUUCCUUAAUGAAGGGCGAAGAUGGAAUGAUAUUCCUUGCUAUGCACUCAGAAGCUGGAUCUGCUCAAAACCAAAACCUAAAGCACCAGUAACACCAUUGCCUUCAGUGGGUGUAUGUCCAUCUGACAGUGAUUGGAGAUACGUGAGCCCAUACUGUUACUAUGUCAGUGAUAUAGUUAGUGCGGGCGACAGACGAGGCUGGUUUGAUGCCCAAACUUUCUGCCAAUCCAAGGGUGGCCAUCUGGUCUCUAUCACAAGUGGACAGGAAAAUGCAUUCCUCCUGGAAAUGUCACCAGAUGUUGCUUUACAGUAUUGGAUUGGUCUGCGGCAAGAAGUUGUGGAUGGUCCCUACACUUGGUCAGAUGGAACUCCAUUUACGUACGCAAACUGGCAGCCUGGUGAACCUAACAACAAACAUGGUGAAGAGACAUGUGGAGAAAUGAACAAAUAUGAGUAUGAUGACCAACUAGGACUGAAUGGUAAGUGGAACGAUCAGAACUGUGGAGUUCCAACUCCUUUCAUCUGCAAGAGAGCAGAAGAUUCCAUCACCCCUGUCACCAACGCACCUACCCCGACUCCCACUGGUGGCUGUAAUAACGGUUACUUCAAGUACUUCAAUCGUUGCUACAGGAUCGGUGGUUACGUUACCGAUGACCGGUACAAGUGGAAGAGCGCCAGGGACCUUUGUCAGGCAGAGGGCGGUAACCUGGCUGGCAUCCAUGAUAAGAGAGUCCAGUCUCUACUGACGUCACUGCUCAUCGAUGUACCUACUGAUGUCUGGAUCGGUUUCUCUGAUCUGGGAUCGUCUGGACAGUACCACUGGACCGACGGGAAAAGCCCUGUCUACACCAACUGGUUACCAGGAGAACCUAGUGGCAUCGUCACCUGGCCCGGCGAGGAAUCCAGGCACUGCGUUGAGUUGCUGAACGAUUACGACUACGCUGGAAAAUGGAAUGAUGUCAACUGCGGAGAAGUCAUAGCAUACAUGUGCGAGAAAGAUCUAGUGCAAGGAGCAAGCGAAAACCCACCUCCCAACUCGUUUUGCGAUGACAAAAGCUACUACAAAUACGACGGUUCCUGUUACAAGAUCGACAGUACACCCAGAAACUAUGCUGAUGCUCAAGAGUACUGUAGGUCGCAAGGAGGCGAUCUCGCUAGCAUCACUGAUUCUUACAAUGAAGCCUUCCUCGAGUACUUGAUGUAUUCUAAUGAUGUCUCAGCUGCCUGGAUUGGUAUGACUAGUAACGAGGACGGACAGUAUACCUGGAGUGACGGAUGGCCUGUCUUCUAUUCCAUAUGGGGUGACAGUGAGCCUAGUCAACGUCAAGGAGAGGGAUGUGUAGUCUUACGUGAUGAGCCCUCAUGGGAUGAUACACAAUGUAAUGGCAUGUAUGUACCCAUCUGUAAGACUACAAACAAGGUUGCUCCUACUCGAGUCCCCACCCUACCCGGCUCCUGCCCCAGCGGACAAUCAGAGUUUGGUGGUCACUGCUACGCCGUAGCUUCAGGGGCUGUCUUUGCUGAUUGGUUUACGGCUAGACAGACCUGUCAGACUCAAUACGGCGGUGAGCUUGUUAGUCUGCAUAGCAAGGAAGAGAACGAGUUUGUUAAGGAUCUUGUGUUCGGUACCCAGGGUGUUAGAUCCGUCUGGCUUGGUCUCACAAGAUCGGAAACAGGUGGCUUCAAAUACACUGACAGCAGUCCAGUAGAUUAUGUACACUGGGCCAAUGGUGAACCUACCGAAGAAUGGGCAGGAUCAAACGAAGACUGUGUAGAGAUGUAUACAAAUGAAUUUGCGAAAUGGAACGAUGAAGAUUGUUAUGCCCGGGCUUCUUAUGUUUGUAAAAUGGACAAAACUCAAAAUGAAACGGACUCGCAACCGAUCAGUGGCGAUGACUCUCUUUCCGCGGGACUGCUCACUGGCAUAGUCAUCGCCGUAGUUGUCGUCAUUACAGUAGUCAUUCUCGUGGUCGCCUGGUUUGCUGGUGCUCGUAACGCUCCUAAAUCGUCCUCAACGACCGCCGAUCCCUUUCCAACCCCGACGCCACCCGUAGGCUUCGACAACGCCCUCUAUGAAACAAAUGUUCAGGUUGACCAAGAGAAGCCGAAAGAUCUGAAAGACCCUGGAGUUGCAGAGGCAUAAACUACUUCAUGUAUUUGUUUACUGUGUGUGUUAGGGAAUGGUGCUUUUGUUAUGAAUUAAUGAUCCACAAAGCCAUAUUUUUCUGUAAUACUUUUGAAAUGUUGAUGUAUUGAAAAAAGGAUGAUUAAUUGUACCUGCGCUGGAUUAUGAUAUCAAACUGUAUUCAAUAUUGAUGUGAUGAGGGAUCAUGUUGUGUAUCCAUACACUAUUUCAAUUGACUCGACUAAUAGUUAAUCAUUCCGCACAAGGUACAAACAUGUGAGCAAUGUCCAGAUAUUUCCAUCCAUGUCAAUUUGGAAUAGCUCAAAAACAGGGUAUUCAUGUGGCCUUUUGAUUCGUACAAAGUGUCAUGAAAUAUCAUAAUUUAACAAAAUCUGAUGUAGUUUCCACAAAGCAGCAUGUUAUUUGGUCUUGUGCUAAUAAUUAACGUUGGUUGGUUUAUAUACAUAUAUAUAGACAUUGUCCAUUAUUAUUUCCAUAGCUUACUUAUUAUUUCCUUUAUGUCAGCGUUAUGAAUGAGUUAGGGAUAAAAAAUGUACGAUCUGGUAUUAUUUGUAAAUGUCAGAUUGGAAAUUUCCGAGAUGUAAGUUUUAAAUGUUCUUUUACUCUUUGUAAAUGCAUUUUAACGUACUUGUACGGCUUUUAUGAUUCUGUUAAUAAACAUUCAUAUUUUGACAUGAAUGAUAAUCGUCGUUCUUUCUUAA